UUCUUCUUUAUCUUGGCUUUUCUUAAAAUUUCUCAUUUUAAAAUAUCUAUUCAGAACUAGUCAUACAGUUUAGCCAACUGUUGUUUAAGAUAGCGAUUUUUUCCAUAUAAUUGAUGCGGUGCAAAUUUUAUGAACAACCGAAUGACCGAUGCCAUGAUUUAAGUAGUAGAGAACCUGAGCACUUUAGCAAGUGAGGGUAGAAAAAGAGAGAGGUACUUGGACCUUUCUCCUAGGUUGCCGGGAAUAUAGUAGACCUUGUAGAGAUACUGAGGUAACUCCUUGAAUAGAACUUCCUGAAUUUAGGUAAAAGUGUUGUUGCAUGUAACUGAGGAAUCCCAAAAUGAAGUUUCGAGUUGUAUUAUUGUUAUCAUUGUGGUGAAGUGAUGACUAGUCUUAGGCCUCUCUAGUUGAUGGCUUGAUGCCAUAAUAAACUCCUGCACAUUUGCUAUAGUUUUUUUUGUUACUUCCCAUGUUUUCUCUUCACUCCUAUUUAUCCAACAUGGGUUUCCUUUAAUAAGCAUGGAACUUUUGGUUUAAGUAUUCAACAUAAUAUGGCACCAUUGUACAGGUAUCUGGGAUACAACUUCCCUGUUUGUGGUCUGCUUCACUACUCACUUGAAUACAUAACUUUAAUCUUACACAUUUGAUACCACGUGCCCUUAUGUGGUUUACUGGUUGUAUAGUGAAAUAACCAUAAUACUUGUAAGCUAGUGUGGUUACUGUUGCAAAAUCUAUGUAAUUUGUGUAUUGGUCUCUCUGUUUGGUCAUUAUCUUAUAAUUCCAUUUUGACCUACGUGCUGCUUUCUGAUGAAAGAAGAUGGCUAUGAACAGAAUUCCCUUACCACAUGGUUGAACCAAAGUAAUGUAUCACUAAGAUAUUGAAAAUUCCAAAUGAAAUCCAUAAGUUCAGUUAUUACAUUUGAUCAUUCAUUCCAAUCUCCUCAGAAAAUCCAAUAGUUAGACAAGUAAUCCAUUAGAAACAAACCUAUCAUCUUGAAGUAAAUAUGUUGCAUUUUCGAUUAUGUUAGUUAAAAUGAAAUGCUCAUAAGGUGUUUAUAUUCUAUCUCAAACACACUGCAAUGGAACUAUUCUUAAAUAUACCAGAUGCCAAGAUGCAAAGACACUUCUCUUUUAUGGGUAGUCGUUGCUCAACUUUGUCAGUUAUUUCAGAACUUUUAGUUUGUAGAAGUUGCCUUCUAUGUUAUAUGUACCUAGUACCUGAAAACACUUAUCAUUUCCCUGAAAACCUCCCUAAAAAUAAAACUAUAGAAACAUUAUGGGUGAUUGUAGAAAACACAUAAAGUAUGACAAAUUAUCAAGCAAACUACUAGUUCUACUGUGGAUUCAGUGACUCAUCAACAACAAAAUGAUACAUAAACCCCUGAAUUUCCAAGGGUUGCUGAUUUUUCAAAGAGGUUCUGCUUUCUCUUGUUAUAAGAGAGAGGGUACUGGCUCGUGGAGAACUUAUUCCUACGAGCUUUUCAAUUUUUCCUUGUCUUCUCAAUGACUCUGUAGUACACUGCAUUAUUCCAAAGAGGGGAAGUGCAUGCUCUGCCUUCAUCAAUUCAGGGAGCUACAUCUCUGACUUCUUUAGCAUCCCUUGACAAUUCUCUUUGUGACAUGUACCGUUCUCCUCCAAGGCCCUUGCCUUAUGAUUCUGAUCCUAGAUGCUUCUGUUCACAACAAGAUGGAUUGAUCUCCAGACAUGAGAAGGGAUCAAGUCAUUUGCAUGAGGAAUCCGAACCACUUAGAAGAAGUGAUGCUGAUACAGGUCUAGAAUCACCAAUCAUUGCAGACAAAGGGAAUGGGUCUACUUAUGAAAAGAGAUUAAGGGAGUAUCCUUCAGAGUCCUCAAUGAAAAAUCCACUGGAAAAAUUGACUAGUGGGAUUGGGUAUAUUUAUUCAUCAUCAGAAGACGAUGAUGUCUAUCCAACGUGCCUCGAGGAAUAUACUCUAGAAAACCCCAAGAUAAUUACCAAUUGCUCCCACCAUUUUCACCUUGGUUGUAUAUAUGAAUGGAUGGAGAGAAGUGAAAAUUGCCCUCACUGUGGCAAGCGCCAAGGGCAAACCUUAAAAUCUUGGCCCAGUCACUCAGUCAGCAAGACCAAACUUUUCCUGUAUCAAAAAAUACUGAAGCUUGUAAACUAUGUGCAAGUCUGGUCUUAUAUCAGCUGAUUUGUUAGUUGAGAUAAUAUUGCCAAAUCAUGGAGGCCAUAAUUAAAUUGUUGAGGUGAUGGUACAUUGGUACAUAAAUGAAUCCUAGGAGGUAUCUUUGGAAGAGCUAAUUGCACUUACACAUCUAGCAAUUUGAGUAGUAGAAUUGAAGAGGUUGGAGGUGGUUGCCAUGAGGCUGUGUUAAAAACUGGUGAAAACUAGCAAUCAGAAGACUCUACUGUGUUGAAGCACCCGAAGUUUGAAGACAUUCAGUGAGUUGCUUCUUUUGAUAUCAUCAGUACCAGGCUUCCUGAUGAUGCAAGUUCUUUAUUUGAUUUGUCAUCUCUCCAGCAGGCAUCAAGUGGCAACGAGCAGCAUGUAAAGAGCAAUGGUGAAGCAAAUCUUUUAGAGCAUGUAAAGAGCAAUGAGGAAUUAAGUUUGUACUACUGUGAUCCCCAAGGUGAGAUCCAGGGACCGUUUCUUGGUGUUGACAUCAUCUCAUGGUUUGAACAGGGUUUUUUUGGGACUGACUUACCUGUUUGUCUGGCAGAUGCCCCAGAGGGAACACCUUUUCAAGAGCUUGGGGAAAUAAUGCCGCACCUAAAAUCUAAUGAUGGGUUAGUUUCCACUGCUCCCAAUACUAAGCCUGAUCCAUCUGAUGCCACUGGAGGCAGCAUUGUGGCUACUUUGCCAUUAGCUGCUGAUUUUACUGGUUCAGUUCUCAUGGAUAACCAAGGCUGGGCUUCAUCUGAAUUUGAGAAGCUUCCUGGUCACCAUAUCAGUCAAGAGUAUAUAAACGUGAAGAUGCAAUGGAAUCCAAUUAUUCCGAGGGUCAAAGUUUUCAUGACUUUGUUGCUCAAGAUGAGGGAUAGUUAUCUAGUUAGUUAUGUGGCUCUUAUUGCUCUUUUAUAUAUCCUCUAGUCUCAUGUUUCUCAUGGUUUUUUCCUCUGUUUUCUGUAGAAGUUGUCUUUUCCGGAAGACCUGGUAGUAGCAGUGGAAAUCCAAUCCAGAAACAUUUUGGUACCCUUAAUGAUCCAUUAACAAAUCCCACCAGCCACCCUUACCUUGCAAAUGAAUCGGUAGAAUCUAUUGGAAAUAAGAGUUGCAUCCCUUUGGUCUGCUUUGGUCUGAACUUGAAGAUGCUCAUUUGAGGCGUACCCAGUCAUCAAACAUGUCUUCAGGCAUUGGUGAUCAGGGUCAACCUGUGAACCCCAUUGUUGAAAGAGAAACAGAUUUUUCUAGUCACAAGAACUCAUUUCGUUCAAUGGAUGAUAGACCUCUUGUUGGAGAGACAUGGUCUGAUGGUUAUAAAAGGAAUACACUUAACUCCAAUUUAUUUGUUUAAUGGAUAGACCGUCAGCAGUCAAUGAGUCGACCCCUGAUUGAUUUAGAUCUUUUGAAAUUAAUCUAUAAUUUUUUAUAUUUAAUUAAUAAUAUGUUAUUUUUUAUAUUUGUUUAAUGGUGGGAGUAGCUGGAACACCAUUUGGUAGCAAGACAGUUGUAUUUGCAUUGAUGAAAAUGCCAAACAUCCACAAAAAUUGUAUUUGUAUUUGCAUCUUUCAAAACAAAUGAACUGAGUGCAAAGUGGGUGUAUAAAUCUUGAACCACUUUGCACUCACAUGAACCAAA